GUUUCCCCAAUCUUACAUUCAUAUCUGCUGCUUCAAUUGAUUUCUGUUAUCACCCACCAUGUCUUCCUUGAAAACUGCUGCUCAUUUGAACCAAACAAGCCAGUUCGCUGAAGCCAUUGACGUUCUUUAUCCAAUGCUCCAAGAAUCACCAUCUCACUACAAUGCAAUCAUCGAAAUCUCUUUGAGUUACCAAAGAUUACGAAAAUUUCAGGUAGCCUUGAACUAUGCUUUCAAGUCUCUUGAAAUUGCCAAAAAAAGGUCUCAAAGAAAAUUGAUUGCCCAGUCAUAUUUCAAAUUAGGAGUUCUCUUUUUCCUCUCAAAUCAAUAUUUAAACUCUCUCAAGUAUUUUACUUUUGCACAAUCUUACGACUAUCCAGACCAAGCAACUUUGGGUAUUUGGAUCAAGAAAUCUUCCAACAAAUUAGUCCAAUUAGAUAUUGACUUCGAGCUGUUAGAUUUAAAUGAAGAUCUGACCAAGUUGGAUUAUUUAAAUCACAAGAUCCUUCUUCCUGUUCCCAAAUCUUAUAAAGUCAGUGAAGCUUCUAAUGCUUCUGUUUCUGAGGCUUCUAUCUCUAAAGAAUUAAAUCCAUCAAAUCCACAAAGCCCAAAUGCUCCUGCUGUUUCAUCUACUUCUAACAUUUCAAACGUUGCUUCUGAAGAUUCUUCAAUUUUUAGCUCGAAUGACAAAAACAACACUCCAAAAAACAAUAUCCCCAAAAUUGAACCAAUUACUGAUUCUGAAGCUUCAACUUUAAAACCAGCUCCCGCAAGAAAACAAAACAUUCAAGUUAUUUCUGCGCCUCCAAAAGUCUCUAAACCUAUUAAAGCUCCUAUUUCUAGAGAAAUAACUUAUCCAAAAACUUUUAGAACUGAUUUUUUCCAAAAUGGAACUUUAAUUGAUGCUUCAGUUUUUAUUAAAUUUAUUCCAAAGGAAACUUUAGAAGUCACCUUUUCUGAAUCUUGUGUAGAGUUUUCUUUUAAAGAUUCUAAAUCAGAAAAACAAUUUUAUUACUCAAUUGAUCUUUCAAAGAAAAUUAUUCCUAAAGAAUCUUCCUACAAACUUUUCGGCUCAAAAUUGGAAUUAUUUUUAACUGCCGUUGAUGAUUCAAAAUGGUCUACAUUAGAACAAGUAGACAGCGAAGAUGAUCAAACUGAACACACCGAUAAGGAUGGUUCUUCCAAAGACUCGAUUCAUAACAUUCCUCAGGCAAUGAAAUACCCAAGUUCCUCAAAAUCCAAAACCGAUUGGGCAAAUAUAGAUAUUGGUGUUGAUGAAAAAGACCAAGAAGAUGAAAUGAGUUUUUUCAAGACUAUUUUCAAAGAUGCAUCUGACGAAACAAGAAGGGCAAUGAUGAAAAGUUAUGUUGAAAGUGGUGGUACUGCUCUUUCAACUAACUGGGAAGAAGUUUCAAAAAAAUCCUUCCCUGUUGAUCCUCCUUCUGGAAUGGUUGCUAAAAAAUGGUAGUUUUUUUUGUUUUUUU